AUGAAGUACUCGACUAUCUGCGCUGCCUUCCUUGCGGCUGCCGUCACGGCAUCCGAUGUCAAGCAGCUCAACAAGGACACAUUCAAGGCCUUUGUCGAGGAGAACGACCUCGUCCUCGCCGAGUUCUUCGCGCCAUGGUGCGGCCACUGCAAGGCGCUCGCGCCCGAGUACGAGACGGCGGCGACGACGCUGAAGGAAAAGGACAUUGCACUGGUCAAGAUCGACUGCACUGAGGAGCAGGAUCUGUGCCAGGAGUACGGCGUCGAGGGCUACCCCACCCUCAAGGUCUUCCGCGGACCCGAGAACAUCUCGCCCUAUGGCGGUCAGCGCAAGGCCGACAGCUUGAUAUCGUACAUGACUAAGCAGGCCCUCCCUGCCGUCUCCGACGUCACCAAGGACACCCUCGAGGAGUUCAAGACGGCUGACAAGGUCGUGCUCGUUGCCUACUUUGCCGCCGACGACAAGGCCUCUAACGAGACCUUUACUGAGGUCGCCAAUGGCCUCCGCGACAACUUCCUCUUUGGCGCCACCAGCGACGCCGCCCUGGCCAAGGCCGAGGGUGUCUCCCAGCCCGGCCUGGUCCUCUACAAGACCUUCGACGACGGAAAGGACGUCUUCACUGAGAAGUUCGACGCCGAGAACAUCAAGGAGUUCGCCAAGGUCGCCUCUACCCCCCUCAUCGGUGAGGUUGGCCCCGAGACGUACAGCGGCUACAUGGCUGCUGGCAUUCCUCUGGCCUACAUCUUCGCCGAGACCCAGGAGGAGCGCGACGACUUCGCCAAGCAGCUGAAGCCCCUCGCCCUCAAGCACAAGGGUGCCGUCAACUUCGCCACCAUCGACGCCAAGUCGUUCGGCCAGCACGCUGCUAACCUUAACCUCAAGGCUGGCACCUGGCCCGCUUUCGCCAUCCAGCGCACCGACAAGAACGAGAAGUUCCCCUACGACCAGGACAAGAAGAUCACCGAGAAGGACAUUGGCACUUUUGUCGAGGACUUCCUCGCCGGCAAGGUCGAGCCUAGCAUCAAGUCUGAGCCCAUCCCCGAGUCAAACGACGGCCCCGUCUCUAUCAUUGUCGCCAAGAACUACCAGGACAUCGUCAUCGACAACGACAAAGACGUUCUGGUCGAGUUCUACGCCCCGUGGUGCGGUCACUGCAAGGCUCUUGCUCCCAAGUACGAGGAGCUCGGUGAGCUUUACUCUUCCGACGAAUUCAAGAAGCUUGUCACCGUCGCCAAGGUUGACGCUACCGCCAACGACGUUCCCGACGAGAUCCAGGGCUUCCCCACCAUCAAGCUCUUCCCCGCUGGCAAGAAGGACUCACCUGUCGACUACUCUGGCUCGAGGACCAUCGAGGACCUUGUCCAGUUCAUCAAGGACAACGGCUCCCACAAGGUUGCCGCUGUCUACGAGGAGGCCAAGGAGAAGGUCGCCGAGGCUGCCGAGGAGGCAUCCGAGAAGGCCGGCUCCGUCGCUGACGAGGCUACCAAGUCCGCUGGCUCAGCCGCCGACGAGGCCACCAAGUCGGCCAAGUCUGGUGCUGAGAAGGCCACUGACGCUGCAAAGGAUGCUGCAAAGGACGCCGCCGCAUCUGCAUCCUCAGUAGCAUCUGAGGCCGCCAAGGCCGCAAAGAGCGCUGUCGAUGCCGAGGACCACGAUGAGUUGUAA